CACCAACAUGACUAUCAAACAAUUGCUGUACGUGCUCACGACGCUGCCUGACACGGGGAUCACCAAAACCGACGUAGAGGAGCUCGGCGCCAAGAACUCGCAGGUGUUGCGAAGCGUCCGUGGCAGCAUCGCACACAAGUACAACCAAAAGAGGUGCGCCGUGCUGGAGAAAAAAAUGAAGGCCAUAGGCGUGGGCAUCGGCGACACUUACAAAAACAGGUGCCUGAAGCUCCUGGCGUUCGCUCUCGGCGUGGACCCCGAGCGGCCGUUCAGGGUCGGCAGGGAUAGCACGCUCGGCGAGCACAUGUGCAAGUGGGUGCUGCCUCAUGGAUGUGCCCGAAGAUGUGGACCUUGGGUCCGCGCCUCUGGUCCGCCAGCACCUGCCAGGGUCGGGGCUUCGUGAGCGGGGGGCUCGCCGUCCAGGCAGGUGUCCAGCACGCCCCUGGGCGGCGCGUGCGACAGCAGGACGUCCACACCCUCGGCGUGCGCGGGGCGCAGGGGCGCCGCGUUCCAGGGCAGCGCCGCGACCCGCACCGUGCAGUUGGCGACGUCGAGCUGGCACGCGCUGUCGAAAAGUAUAGGGCCCUGCUCUCGGGGAACUGCCGGCAGUUCACGCUGCCCGCACUGGUGGUGAGGCCUGCAGGGGGUGAGGAACGCGUUCAGCACGCGAGGGUCGUGGUUCCCGCGUACCCCGGCGGCCGUCGGCCGCGGAAUCGCGCCAAGGACACGGCGCGGAGCCAGGAGUCGAAGCGCCGCAGGUGGCGCUCGCGCUUGCCGCGCGGGCAGUCCGGCGAGAAGUCCCCGCAGUGCACCAGGAGGUCGCCCUUCGGCACCUCCUCCCAGAGUCCCGAGGCGGCGGGGUAAGCCCUGAAAUCCUGUUCUGGGUCCCCGAGCCCUCACGGACCAAUCCAGCCGGAAAAAUGGUGCAGAUGGGGUCAGGGGCUCUGGUCCAAUGUGUUU